UCUUGUAAAAAAAAGGUGUCAGUUUUGUUGCCAGAUAAAAGGGUAAAAAAACAAUUAUCAUAUUUUUCUACUGGCAAAUGAGGUUCCAAAGGUAUGUACACAACAGAGAGCUAACUGUGUGGUUGCUUUUGGGAUUUCACGCUGCCCUUUUUGUUAAUGGCCAGCUUUCAGCAUUGCAAAAUGGCAUCGUUUGGCAGUGUUGUGACUCGCACAUUUAUGUUCUUGCUUGUGCUUGUGACCGCUGCCUUGAUCCCAGCCCUGCAACAACCGUGACCUCAACACAGACUCCACGCCUAUCUUCUUGCACGAUACCCAUAAAGAGGGGAUUCUACAUCAGAAUGGCGUGCGCGAUGGCAACCCCAGUGCUUGAGCCUAGCAGGGACUUCCCUGGCGUGGCUGGAGGCGCAGGGCGUGAACGAGGAGGUGGCCCGGGCCAUGGACUCUGAGCUGGGCAUCCGGGACUACGGGGUCCUGCGCGCCUGCGUCGGGGACGGCCUCAAAAUGAUGGGCACACCCGGGCCUCAUCAGAGGCAGGAGACUGCAGCCCAAACCCGUCGCUGCACAUGAUCAAAACCGAGGCAAGCUGCGCUGACGGUGAUCAUCAGAGUCCCACGUCGGACCAGAGAGACUCCAGCCCCAGCCAGACGCCGCCCAGGAUAGAAAGAGACGCGUGCGGAGGUAAUUCGGGCUUUGUCAUCCAACAAGUGACCUCGCUUCAGGAGAUGGGACUGGACCUAACGAAUGCAACCAAUGUUGACUCCUAUCCCUGGCUUCAACAGCAGCAGCAGCAACAACAGCAGCAGCUGCCGGUCGACAAAAUACAAAUUGACACUGGCUGCACGGUCCCGCCCAUGUGUGCCGCUUACCUGCCCAAGCCGCUCACUGAAGACCACAUUGACAGGCAGGACGAGGCACCGUCCAGGAGCGACACUCUGCCUCCUGCCGCCGCCGCGUACCGCGUGCCGAACUUUAAGCUGGUGCGGCGGCGGCGCAUGCUGCCGGUUCCCGUGCCGGCGAUUGCGGGCGGUGAAGACAACAAGCCGUUCCGGUGCAGCGUGUGCGCCCAGCGCUUCUCGCAGCGCGGCAACCUCGAGACGCACCUGCGCACGCACACGGGCGAGCGGCCGUACCGCUGCGCGACGUGCGGACAGGCGUUCUCGCAGAGCGCCCACCUUAAGUCGCACCAGCGCACGCACACGGGCGAGAAGCCCUGCCGCUGCAAGGUGUGCGGCCAGAGCUUCUCGCACAGCGGCAACCUGAAAACGGGUACCCAUUUGCGACCCUGGUGCGGCCGGGUACGGGUAGGCCGUGAAUCACUGUCGACCCAUGGCACCUGGGUCUGCCCCGUGACCUCCUGCCAGUGGCCGUUCGACACUUCACGUGGCCUCAACAUCGUGCACAUCGCCUGGCACAAGCACCGUGGUGACUUCGCCACCAAUUAGUGGCGACUGGCGGUUGAUUGUCCGUGAGUGGGGAGGAAUAGUGCUACGAUUAAUUCGCUGCGCUAUGAACCCAGCAACCCAAUUUAGAUUCCUGCUCACGCCCAACACCAAUGACGAUUAUCUAAAUCGGUCCUGGGCCUCCCCUGGGUCAGCUUAUCUACUCGGUACCUGGUGUGGUGCGUAAACAUCGCUACUGGGGAGACAAACAUGACCGGGUGUGGUGCUGGCUACCUACCCCCACGUGUGCCGUGCCAGCCUUCAUAGGUGCUCGCUAACAGCACUUGCCCCAACAGUCUGUUAAUACUCUUUGGUUCUGUCGGUGAAGUCACGUAGGUUCCCGAAAGAACCAAAGAGUAUGGAUUCCUGCAGUCACGAAAGCUUCAAAUCAAGUCUGUUAAUAGGUUAUACGGGGGGGGCGUCUUUGUCCGCAAGAUGCUGGCACGACCAAAGGUUGAGGUGCGACUGACUGCCUCGUGUCUCUCGCCCGCCCCGCACUGCGGUAUCAGCCAUACAACACCAAAAACUAACCACCUCGAUAGCUAAAUUGCAACAGAAAAAGGUUGCCUGCAAUAGGUAGAAACCGCGAACGAUCACCCCGUGAUAUUCAAGGGUCUCCUGUACUGUGAGCAGGUGUCUUUGCUGGCUGCCUGUACACAUGUGCACUGUGCAGCCUUUAAUGGGUAAAAUAUAAUUUCCAAUCUUAGGCAAUAUCUUUGUGUUCUCUCUCUCUACUCUAUUUACUUUUAUCUAAUAAUUCAUAGCCCUUUAACAACCCAUGACUGGAUGGAGGCCUUCCCACGCUGUGUCAAUUUUGAUUAAUGCUUUCACUCCACUGCCAACAGUCCCUGAAACUUUUGUUCAGCUAUCUUCAUGUAUGGAUAUUUUCUGAUGGUCGUUGAAACCAUUGACCCAAAAGUUGCUUAUCGGCAGGUACCACAUAGGGUGUCAAAUGCUAACAAUUAUUUUUUAUAUUACUUUUAUCUCUCGAUCACAAAUAUGUAUCAUAGUAAGGUCACCAUAUAACUUUUAAUAAAACAGCUUGAAAAAGGGUAGAAUAUGAUAAGAAUUUUUUUGGAUACAAAAAAAACUCAUGUCGAUGUGAAGUGUGAGUACUUCCACCUCUUCCAAGACGUCUGGCCAGCGUGGAAGAGUAGACCGAAUAUGCUUAUAUAGAGAUCCCUCUAUGCAAGGCCCUCCAUCCACCAGUGAUAUGAGCAAGCAAUUUCAGGCUUGCAACUUCACCUUGAUAUGAAACAUCGACAGAAUAUGAAACUAAAUAUAAAGUGUCUAUAAGACUGGCAAUCUUGAUUUGAAGCUUUCGU